AUGUCAGACCCACAAAAGUACACGGUCGGAUGGAUUUGUGCCAUCACCACCGAAUUUGUCGCUGCACAAGCCUUCUUUGACAAAAAGCAUGACAAUAUCAAGGUGGCUGCCGAUAAGGAUAACAACAACUAUGCUAUGGGAGAGAUUGGAGAACACAAUGUUGUUAUGGCUGUCCUGCCUAAAUCUGAGUAUGGCACAACCUCCGCCGCCACCGUGGCGAGAGACAUGGUGCGCAGCUUCCCAAAUAUUCGAUUCGGACUGAUGGUCGGUAUCGGUGGUGGCGCCCCAAGCGCAAAACAUGACAUACGACUCGGCGACGUUGUCCAUGCAUUCGAGGCGACCGGAUCUCUGAAUGAGCCGCCGCAAUUGCUUCUGACGGCUUUGAGCGGACUUGAAACUGAAUACGAGCUGGAAGGGCACCGGCUUAGCGACAACAUCGAAAAGGUGCUGGAGGAGCGACCCCGUCUGCGAAAGAAAUAUUCUCGGCCGCACCCAGAUACCGACAGGCUUUACAGAUCUGACAUUGUCCAUCCAGGGUCGGAUGCAUGCGGUAAUGUGUGCAGCAGCGACCCCGCUUGUCUUGUCAAUCGGGAAAGACGAGGCGAUGAGGAAGAUGACCCUGCCAUUCAUUAUGGGUUGAUCGCUAGCGCAAACCAGCUGAUGAAAGAUGCAAUUGCCCGAGACCAGCUAGCGGCUAGUAUGGAUGUCCUUUGCUUCGAGAUGGAGGCGGCCGGCUUGAUGAACCAUUUCCCCUGCUUAGUGAUCCGCGGGAUAUGCGACUACUCCGAUUCGCACAAGAACAAGCAGUGGCAGGGUUUUGCGGCGAUGAUGGCGGCGGCAUAUGCAAAAGAUAUUUUCUAUCAAAUAGUUCCGGACAGGGUUAAAGUGGAAAGGAAAGUUAGCGACAUUCUAUCUGGUUUCCAAGCAAUUGCACAAGAGCAUCGGGACGUAUCAAAAGAGCACCAUGACAUUGCUAAGGAGCAACUUCAAGCUCAGAAGGAUGUAGCCAAAGUAAGGCUAUCUGAAGAACAACAAAGGUGUCAUCAGCUGUUCCGCCUUACAAAUGGCAGCAAGGGCACCACCUACGAAUGGUAUAAAGGCCGAGUGGAAGAAAGAAUUGAAGGUACAUGCAUGUGGUUCCUCAAACACGACGACUUCCAGACGUGGUUGAAGCAAGAGUCUGGCCCCCUGCUGGUCUCGGCGGAUCCUGGCUGUGGAAAGUCAGUGCUGGCCAAGUACCUGAUAGACUACGGCCUACCACGAUCCACUACUAUCUGUUACUUCUUUUUCAAAGACCAGGACCAAAACACUGUUCGGCAAGCACUCUGCGCCUUGCUUCACCAGCUCUUCUCUCUGAAGCCGUCUUUAAUUAAACACGCUAUACCACAAUUCCGUAACGACGGACAAGGCUUAAUCAACUCUACAGAAUCACUUUGGAAGGUUCUACGAAACGUUAUAAGAGAUCCUCAGGCAGGCCCUGUAACUGUGGUCCUAGACACUCUAGACGAAUGCGCCGAAUCUGAAUUUGCAGACCUGAUGCGGAAUGUGGAGAACCAAUUCCGCAGCAACCGGUUAGAUGGCCGUGGCAAAUUAAAGUAUCUUCUGACAUCCCGCCCAUAUAACCAGAUCCUGUCUAAGUUCCGUGUCCUAUUGGAUGCUUUUCCAAAUAUUCAUAUACCAGGGGAAGAGGAAUCAGAAACGAUUAGCCAGGAGGCAAACCACGUCAUUAAGUACCGGAUCAAUCAACUGGCCACGGAAAAGCGCUUAAGAGACGAAACCAAGAACCACCUAGAGAAGAAACUACAGGAAACUACCCAUCGUACAUAUCUCUGGGUACACCUUGUGUUUGACUACUUGCAGAAACACGACUUUAAAAAGACGGGGAAGGGGAUCGAAUCCGCUGUUGCAACACUUCCGACGAGUAUCAACGAGGCAUAUGAGCAAAUUCUCAAUAAGGCCAACAAAGAUCCAAUGGUUCCGAAAGUCUUAAGUAUUGUCCUGGCAGCAAGCCGCCCACUGACCCUAUCGGAAAUGAACAUCGCCGUAAAUAUCGACGAUAAAUGUCAGUCUAUCGACGACCUUGACUUGGAGGAAGAAGAGGACUUCAAGGUGCGCCUUAGAUCUUGGUGUGGAUUGUUCGUCUCGAUCCAUCGAGACAGCAUCUACUUCCUUCAUCAAACAGCUCGAGAGUUUCUCCUCGCAGAUUCGGUAUCACCUAGAACCGUCUCACCAGAGCCGCACUGGUAUCACUUCUUCACUGCACGCCAUGCACAUACCGUUCUUGCUAGGCUCUGCGUACUCUAUUUAAGCUCCUUCAACUCAGAGGUCAGUCCAUUGACGGAUACAGAUGGGGAGACUCGCCAUCAUGACGGUAGAUACCUAUUCCUAGAUUACUCAGCCGAAACCUGGGGCGUUCACUUCCGAAGGGCUGAUUUCAACGAUGAUGAUGCUGCUAUACCCUUGGCUUUACGUAUUUGCGAUACAGGCUCAAAGAGCUGCUUGGUAUGGUUUAGUAUUUAUUGGGAAGCUACAUAUAUGAGAUCAGCCCCAUGUUUCACGGAUCUCAUGAUUGCAUCAUACUAUGGCCAUCGUGCCAUUGUCAAGCUACUUAUCGACAAGGGCGCGAAAAUUGAGGCAGAAGAUGGACAUGGUCGGACGCCAUUGUGGUGGGCCGCUUGUAACGGGCAUGAAACUACCGUUAAGCUGCUGCUCGAUAAAGGCGCGGACGUCAAGGCAGAAGAUUGGGAUAACUGUCAGACACCAUUAUUAUGGGCCACUUAUAAUGGGCAUGAAGCUAUCGUUAAGCUCCUUCUCGAUCGAGGCGCGGAAGUCGAGGCAAAAGAUGGACAUAGUCACACGCCAUUAUCAUUAGCCACCGCGAACGGGCAUGGAGCUACCGUUAAGCUGCUUCUCGAUAGAGGUGCGGAAAUCGAAGUGAAUAAUAAUAGGUACGAUCACACGCCGUUAUCAUUGGCAGCCAGGAGCGGGUACGAGGCUACUAUCAAGCUUCUGCUCGACAAGGGUGUGGAAACCGAGGCAAAAGAUAAGCAUGGUCUGACGCCAUUGUUAUGGGCCGCUAACAAUGGACAUAAAGCUACCGUCAAGCUGCUGCUCGAUAGAGGCGCAGAAAUCGACACAAAAGAAAGAAAGCAUGGCCAAACACCAUUAUCUUUAGCCGCCGAGGGUGAGUAUGAAGCUAUCGUCAAGCUGCUGCUUGUGAAGGCGGAUGCCAGAACAGAAGAUAGUGUUGGCCGAACACCAUUGUUAUUCGCAGCUAAGCAUGGCCAUGAUGAUGUCGCCAUGGCAUUGAUUCGCCAUGGCUCUAUCAAUCUCGACCAGGAAGAUCGUUAUGGUUCGACACCGUUAUCAAUAGCUAUACGAAAUUCUUGCACAGAGAUCGUCAAUAUGCUGUUGGCUACUGGACAAGUCUCCUUCCGCUCUCAGGAUCGUUUCGGGCGGACUCCGUGGUAUUGGGCCAUAAGAUGCGGAAAUACCGAGAUCCAUGACGUCUUGCUCGACUAUGCAGAGAAGGCAGGCGUAGCAGUUAGCAAGAAUGAUGGUGAGGUUAUCGAGGAGAGCUUCAUAUCCUCUGAUGGGACAUCCGGAUGGUGCGAUGUUUGCACUUUGAGCAUUUCGGAAGAUGUAGUGUCCUACGAAUGCAAAGUUUGCAACGGCGGGGACUUUGACAUUUGUCUGGGGUGCUAUAAGAUCGGAGGGCGUUGUUUGGGAGAUGAUCAUGAAAACAUCGAGUCUUUACCCACUCAGACUGAACACUAA